CCCACCAGGGCAGCUGGCCUUCCUCAGCAGCUGGCCCGCCGUGGCUCUUGCCGUGGCGCCAGGCUCACGGCUGGAAACGAAACUCUGUGGGUUUCGGGAAGCCGAAACCCGUUGCUGCCGCUGACGUCUGCCUCUCCCCUUCCUGCACGGCAAAGCUAAAGCCUUUGCCAGGGCUCCGCGGUGGGGUGCCAGAGCCUCUCCUCACGGGCAGCAGGGUGCCCCGGGCAUAGGACCCUCCCUCUGACUCGCAGCCAUGGGAAGACCCAGGAAGGAGCCCACCAGCACAUCGUCCCCUCGUCCAGCCACUGCUGCCUCCAGAACGGUCCCUGCCACACCACCACCUUCUGCCACAGCCACCCGGGCCAAGGCCACAGGCAGCCAAUCCAGGAGCACUCCAGCUGCUGGGGCUGCUGGCCCCAGCCGUGGGCGGGGGGCAAGGUCAGAGACCUCUCAGGUAGGACCCUCAGCAUCCUGCAGAGCCCCAGAAGAUGCUGGGAACCAGCCCAGAGCAUCCACCACAAGGUCCUCUGCAACCCAGAAGAAGCCACCGGCUACCAAAGGAGCCACUGGUCCAGCCAGUCCUGCCCCACGUCUGCAGAAGAAGCAGGCUGGGGCUGACCCAAGCAGGGCCUGUGACCAAUUCCUGCCAUCCCUGGAGAGCCAGGACAUCCCAUGGGUGGAGAAGGAGACCCGGGGCCAGCGAACCAACCCCAGGUGGUAUGAGUGGCGGGAAAACCGCAUCACGGCCUCUGUGGCCUCCAGGAUUGCCAACAGCAAGUUUGCCAAUGGAAAGACAGAUGAGGUGCCCCAGUCCUACCUGAAGGCAGUGGUGAGCUCCAGCCCCCAUGUGCAGACACCAGCCAUGUCCUGGGGGAUCCGCAACGAGAGGGCAGCCGUGGAGGCCUACGAGCAGCUGAAGUCACGGGCAGUGGGCAAGCCGGUGCGGGUGGAGGACUGUGGCCUCUUCAUUCACCCAGAGAAGAAUUGGAUUGCUGCCAGCCCAGAUGGCAUCAUCAAGGAAGCAGCCACAGGGAAGGCCCUGGGGCUGCUGGAAGUGAAGUGUCCCUACAAGCACAGGAACAGGACAGUGCGUGAGGCCUGCAAGGACAAGGACUUCUGCCUGGAGAUGGAUGGGGAUUCCUACUCCCUGAAGAAGAAUCAUGCCUACUUCACCCAGGUCCAGUGCCAGCUGGCAGCCACUGGGUUGCAGCAGGCUGACCUCGUGGUGCACACCACCAAGGAGACAGCUGUGGUCCCUGUGGAGUUCGAUGCCAAGUUCUGGGGGCAGACAGAGCCCAAGCUGGAGAAGUUUUACACUGAGGCAGUGAUACCCCACCUGGAGGGGAAGGCAGGUCGUUCUGUCUGGGCCAAGGAAGAGUAGAGCCCCCCCACCUCGCUUAGCUGCACAAACCCAGCUUUGGCCCCUAGCAUGGAAAUUAUGCCCAAUUUUGCUGCUGUUCUCAGAACAUCGGCUGCCUCUGCCCCAGUGCAACUGCCUCAAGCCUGAAAUGACACAUCAGCAGGUACCUGUUUUGGUAGAGGUCCCCUCAGUGUCUUCUUUCCCCCUCCAGCCAGACCAGCACUGAGUCCCUAGUGCCUUUUUGUCCUGUCCCCCUUGCUGUGUGUCCCCCAUUUGACCUGACAGUGCUGCCUGAUGGAAGCUGGCACCCCUCCGGGUCUGCAGGGGAUACCAGUGAUGCCUCUGUACUGGAAUAACAGAUCUAUUUUGUGAAGAAAACUGGAUUCUUUGGUAUCUCAGCUGCUGUCAGGACUAAAUCGCAUCUCCAUUCUGAAGUGGAGACAGAGCCACAGAAGGUGUUUUGGUGGCAAAGAGCAAAAUAUGGCUUUCAAGCAAAAUCACAAUGUGCCUUAGAGUCACAUCCAGUGGAUGUGGACACCCUCCCCCAGCCAUUGGACCUGCUGUUUCUUUGGACUGACCUGAUAUUGCCUGUGAGUUGGCUGCAGCCUCAUGAAGAUGGCACUCAUCGGAGGGGUUGUCCCCAAGUCCAGGUGUUCCUGUGGAGCACCCCCAUGUGCCACAGCAGAGUGGGGAGGUGGGCAUCACUAUUAAUAAAUACAACCUGCACUGA